AUGAGAUCAGGGUUGGGGGACACAGUCAAACAACUGCUGUGCGGCUUCUCGGCGGAUUCCGCCAAGGACAAAGACAUGGGCGUCCAGAGAAGCCACAGCUGGGAGCCAGUCAAGCUACAGAGCCACCCAAGACAGAAGGCCGAACGAGAUGCAGCUUUUGCCCGACAGAAAACCCAGCGUGCUUCUCUCAGAGCUCAUUUGCGGGAGAAAUACAACCUCCCAAAGAACCCGGCCGACGAAAAGCAGCGGGGAGCCGCAGGGGCAAAACCUCCGCUGCUGCCCCGAGACCUCCGGAGCAUCGUGCAACCCAACGCCGCGGCCUGGCCAGUAGUCCCUCCCAACCUCCCCAGCGGGAUCGAUUUUGACUCCUGGCCAACAAGCCUCCAGAGCCCAGCGCAGUCUUUCCCACGCCUGGGGCAAUGCCGUCUCAUGUGA